GUUCGGACCGCCGAUUCGUAUUAGCAGGUGGAUACAUGAGUCGGUAGUACGCUCCUGAUUCGCAUUAGCGGUGAAUCCGAUCGUGAUACGUAUUUGCUUUGCUCAUGUAACCGCGGAUCGGAUCGCCGAUUCGUACUAGCAGGUGGCUACAUGAGUCGGUAAUGCGUUCCUAAUUCGAAUUAGCGGCUAAAUACGUAUUUACUGUGCUCAUGUAACCCCGAUAAUUGUACACAUCUUACAGUAGUACGUGUUGUUCUAUAUACCCUGGUAGUACGUGUCCAUUUUUUGUUUUUGUAGGCCAUAAUGAUAAGGACUCUGUAUUUGAUUUGACCAUUUAUUUAAACAUCCAUUGUUGAUGUGGUCUUAAGGUGUGCUUGUUUUUUACUUAUGGUAUUGUGUGCUGAUUAAUUUAUCACUGGAGAGGCCGAUAAUAUCGUGGCUGGUGGCGUAAAUUUACCGGUUCUAUACCAUAUUAAUACCUAUUGACAUUGGGUACCUAUUUUGGAAACAGACAAGGGUCCAGCAAUGGCAUCUUCAAUUGUCCAAUAUGUUGUAGUUCGGUCAGAUUUAAUAACUACAUUGAAAUGGCCUCUUGGAGCUGUCAUCGCUCAGGCCUGCCACGCAACAACGGCGGUGAUGCACCUCUUCAAAGAUGACCCGCACGUGCAGACCUACCUGUCAGAUGUGGACAACAUGCACAAGGUGGUGCUGGCGGCGCCGGACGCUGACGCGCUCACCCGGCUGCAUGAAGCUCUCCGCGAGGCGGCCGUCGACCACAAGCUGUGGGUGGAACAACCAGAGGAUGUGCCCACCUGCCUGGCCGCCAAGCCGGCACCGAAAGUCGAGGUGCAAAAGUACUUCAAGAAGUUCAAGCUGUUUAGCGUCGAUUUAUGAUGUGAUUAUAACACUUUUUAAUGGAAAUAUAUUUAUGUUUAUAA